AUGAUAUUUGAGCCGUCCGAGAGGUAUGCUCUUCCGACAAAGGACCUGCUGUCGUAUAUAUUUGACGAACCGCAAUAUGACCAAGAUAAGCCGAUUUACGUCGAUGCUCACAACCCCAGUCGUUCAAUCUCGUACAACCAGGCAAGACAACUGAUCCGCAAGCUGAUUGCGGGUUUGCGAGCAUCAGGCCAUCGUAAAGGGGACUGCGUCCUCAUACAUUCGUUCAACGACAUCAAUUAUAGCAUUCUUGUGCUUGCUAUCAUCGGUGCUGGGGGCGUCUUUACCGGUUCGAACCCAGCAUAUACCUAUGCGGAGCUGGCUCACCACAUUCGAGCAUCCGAUGCCAAAUUUCUCUUUACCGAGCCAGAGAUCAUGGAAUCUCUUCUUAUUGCUAGCAAGGAAACCGGCAUUUCACAUCGCAAUUUGUGGAUUUUUGACAAUAUCAGUCGAACCGUCCCACCUGGCUUCAAGUCCUGGAGAGAGCUGUUUGAAUUCGGCGAGGAAGACUGGGCCAGGUUCGAUGACCUGGACACUGCUCAAGCCACUCCUGCUGCGAGACUGUUCAGUAGUGGUACAACUGGUCUUCCCAAGGCAGUUAUCACCACCCAUCACAAUCUAGUUGCACAGCACGAGAUUGUUGUGGAACGAGACCCACGCCCUUACCCUGUAUCUCGUGCCGUCGCAAUACCGAUAUUUCAUGCUGCAGCAGCAGGUUUCACUCAUAUAUCCACCUUGAAAUCAGGCAGCCCUGCAUAUGUGCUGCGACGAUUUGAGUUGGAGAAGUAUCUCCAAACCGUCGAACAGCAUAAUGUGACCGACCUGCUGCUGGUCCCACCCAUUGCAAUCACGAUAUUGAUGUCCGCUACUGCCACCUCAAACCGUUUUCUUCGUAAAGUCCGCUUGGCAAUUUGUGGUGCAGCUCCCCUGGACAAAGGUGUUCAAGCCCGCUUCCGACCGCUCCUGGGAGAAGACGCCCCAUUCAAUCAGGUUUGGGGGAUGACGGAGACUACGUGCAUUGCGACAAUGUUUCGGUAUCCCGAAUCCGACGACACGGGCUCUGUGGGACGACUCAUCCCGAAUCUUGAGGCAAAACUUAUCGAUGACGAAGGCAGAAAUAUCUCCGCAUUUGGAGUUCGCGGAGAGUUAUGCGUGCGCGGGCCGACCGUCACGCCAGGAUACUACAAGAAUUCCGCAGCAAACGCCGAGGCCUUCGAUGCGGACGGGUGGUUCAAGACAGGGGACAUCGCCUACUGUGACCAACUCAGUCGCAAGUGGUACAUCGUUGAUCGGAAGAAAGAAUUGAUCAAGGUUCGUGGAUUCCAAGUGGCACCGCCCGAGCUUGAAGCCGUUCUUCUCUCGCACCCGCAGAUCGUUGAUGCCGCCGUUAUUGGCGUCACCUUCCCCGGCGCACAUACAGAGUUCCCGCGAGCAUAUGUCGUUCGCCGACCGGGGCCUGCAAGUCAAAACUUGACGGAAAAAGAGAUUCAAGAAAAAGUCCUCAGAAAAUUAGCACGAUUCAAAGCCCUUACGGGAGGCGUAAAGUUUGUGACUUGCAUUCCACGAAAUCCCAGUGGAAAGAUUUUGAAGCGGAUUCUUCGAGAGGAGGCAAGACGAGAGAGCGCAAGGGCGCAGCAAACCCUGCCACGGCUGUGA